CAUUUCCCUCUAGUAACUAAAGAAAUGAAUUGACUUCAAUGGAAGGAGAAUCAUUUCCACCGUGAGGAGCGUCUCUACACACCACAUUUCCAUGACUAAAGUUGGACUGAUGUAGAGGCAGCUUCAUCCGGAUGGUUUGUAUUUCCUUCCACAUCUAUGAAGGGUUUAGUUGACAUCGGCAGACAGAGAAAACUCCUUAUCCUGUGCCUAUUUAUCGGGAACGUUGCAGCUGAUUGUGAAAAUCCUACAAAUAGAGUACACAUAGAGAUCACAGCGGAAUCUCUUAAAAUAAAAGAAUUCCCUGAUGGUACUGUGAUCAAUUAUAAGUGCAUUCUUGGAUAUAUUCGAGUAAAUGGCACUGGGGAGAUGACCUGCGUCAAUGGGAAGUGGACCAAGCCAGACAUCACCUGCAGGCCGAUGGACUGUGGUCCCGUUAAAACACAGCCACACAUGAUACUUGACGUCAGCCAGGGGACUCUACUUGGUGCAUCGGUUUAUAUGUCUUGUGAAAAAGGUUACGUGCUCUAUGGAUCGAACGUAAUACUUUGCACCCACACAGGAUGGUAUGGAGAUGGACGUUGUGUAUAUGUUACUUGUUCCAUACCGAGUAUAGGAAAUGGCACACAUACUUGGACUAGUAACCGUGAACCAGAAUAUCAACAAAGUAUAAAUUUCACUUGUGACCCAGGAUACAACUUGCAUGGGAGUAAAACCAUUACGUGCAAUAGAAUGGGCAAAUAUGAUCCUGAGCCACCAAAAUGCAUUGUUGUCACUUGUCCCAAACCGACCAGAGUGCAAAAUGGCAGACAUUCUUGGAAUAAUGAUCUUGAACCAGAAUAUCGACAAACUAUACGUUUCACAUGUAACACAGCAUACAACUUGGUUGGGACUAAAACCAUUACGUGUACUGAAACUGGUGUAUAUGAUUCUAAGCCACCACGAUGUGUCCUUGUUUCCUGUCCCAGACCACCCAGAAUGGAUAAUGGCAAACAUUCUUUGAUUAUGCGCCGUAAAAUAGAAUAUCGACAAACUAUACAUUUCAGAUGUGACAAAGGAUACACCUUGUUUGGGAAUAAAACCAUUACGUGUACUAAAUCUGGUGAAUAUGAUUCUAAGCCACCACGAUGUGUCCCUGACUGUUCCAAACCUCAACAUGUACAGAACACAGUUCUCUCUGCUGAGUCCCUCCUUAAAAGCAUUUUUCCAAGUGGUACUGUGAUCAAAUAUCAGUGCAUAAAUGGGAGUGAUCAAAUAAGUGGCACUGGAAUCAAUAGAUGUGUCAAUGGGAAGUGGACCAAGUCAGAUAUCAUCUGCAAGAGGUCAGACUGUGGUGUCCCAGAAGCAAAACCGCACAUGUCAUUUGAAACCAGCCAGGGUACUCUACUUGGUGCAAUGGCUACAGUAAUCUGUGAAGAAGGCUACCGGGUCAGUGGAGCAAGCUUCAAACAGUGCGUGGACGAAGGAUGGUUUGGAAUCGCAGACUGUAUCUAUGUUUUCUGUCCCAAACCGAUCAAAGUGGAAAAUGGCGAACAUUCUUGGAAUAGUGACCGUGAACCAGAAUAUCUGCAAAGUAUACAUUUCACAUGUGACGCAGGAUACACCUUGGUUGGGAAUGAAACCAUUACGUGUACUGAAAAUGCUGAAUAUGAUUCUGAGCCACCACGAUGUGUCCGUAAUUGCUCCAUACCUAAAAGUGUGGAGAACAUGGUUCUCACGAAUGAAUCCCUCCUAAGAGAGAAUUUCCCAGAUGGUACCAAAGUUACAUAUGAGUGCGCCAAUGGAUUUGAAAAAGAAAGUGGCUCUGAGAUCAUAACCUGCAUUGAUGGGACUUGGACUGAGCCAGAUCUAAUCUGCAAGAAAAUUAAACCUCCUUCAAACCUACUGUUGAUAGGCGUGGCAGUUGGCUGUUCACUUGCACUUCUUUUCUGCAUCUUUUGGGUUUGGAGGCGAUGGUGGAACUGGACCCAGCUGUUGGGACAUUUACUACAGAUGAAGGACUGCCGAACUCUGAGCGCCUUACCACGCCUUGGAUAAAACAAGCAGGCUCCCUUUUCUCAACUUAUAUUUGUUUUCACUUCAAAAGAAGAAAACUAAACAUCAUGAAGGCAAUUGUAUUGUUUCAAAGUUUAAUUUUUAGAUACACGUUUUCUUAACAGUUUCAUUGGCUGUAGUGGCCUUUAGGUGAGAUCAGUUAAACAAGAAAGUCAGUAAUGGAGCUAAGGCGUAAAUUCAAGCUGGGAGACAGAACACAGCUGAUCUACAAACAAAGCUGAUCCACUUCAAUGACGUCACACCCCGCUGCGGCCAAUCAGGAUCGGCGCCCUUGCGCGUCCCAGCCAAUCAACGUCAAGCCGGUCCAUUCAAGAAGUCGAGCCUGCAGGGAUCUGCCUGCUCGUCAGCUGUGCUUCGCCCACCUCCUCCCCAUCCCCACCUUCAACCCGAUGACCAUUCUCCAGGCGCCUUACGCGCUCCUCCAUCCAAGGCUCCGCUCCAUCACCAGUUUUCGGACCGGGGGGUAAGACUAGUGAGAUUCGCCGUACUCAGCAUCUUCCCCCGGCGAUCUACGCUCACUAGUCUUCCGCCGGUUCGAGCGCCAAAGAUUUGUUCAUUAAAA